AUGGCAUCCAAUCAAGUACGCCAAAAUUUCCAUGCUGACUCUGAAGAGGCUAUCAACAAACAAAUAAAUAUGGAACUAUUUGCCAGCUAUGCUUACAUGUCUAUGGCUUAUUAUUUUGAUAGAGAUGAUGUAGCUUUAGAAGGUUUCACAAAAUAUUUCAAGCAUGCUUCUGAGGAAGAAAGAGAACAUGCAAUGAAGUUGAUGACUUAUUUAAACAAAAGAGGAGGAAGAGUUAUCUUUUCUCCAAUUGCUGCUCCAAGUACAAAUGACUGGGGAUCUGCUGAGAAAGCUGUCGAAGCAUCUCUUCAGCUUGAGAAAGAUGUUAAUAUGAGCUUGUUGAAUCUUCAUGGUGUUGCAUCAUCUCAUGGAGAUGCUAACCUCUGUGAUUUUAUCGAAAAUGAAUUCUUGCAAGAACAAGUUGACUCAAUUAAAUCUCUUGGAGAUCUGCUCACUAAUGUUCGUCGUGUCAAGGAAGGACUUGGAAUUUACAUGCUCGACAAGCAACUCAAUUCAUCUUAA